AAGAUCUUCUUGCCAGGAAGAGUCAAAGAACUCACACUCGGGGAUCCGUACAUGGCCAGCAAGUCGCUUGAAGCGACGUGGAUCACGACACGCGAAGUGCAUGAUCGUGGUCAGACGUAGCAAUGGUUCAUGUGCUUCAUUGAAGGCAAAAGAUGAAGACUUCCCCUCGGCGCGGCUUGACAACGCACAGAAUCCUCCGCCCACGACAGCUGCUUCUCUUCACAGGCUUGGGAAGAUUCUCGGGUCAUCUCGUGGUGAUGAUCGCACCUAUGAUCGUGCGCAUGAGCGUCGCGUUGCACCAGCGAGAUAACAAAGUGGAUCAAGACCACUCUGAUACGAGCCCGGAGAUCAGGACAGUCGAUGCCGCACUGAUGUUAAACGAAGUCGGAAUUGUCGUGGCAGACAACGUGGAGCACGAGCAGGGCGGGCGCGGCACCGAGGAACCAAGUGAUCCGGCACUACUUCUUCUUCGUGAAAAGAGGACCACGACCAAGCCGUUCACGCGCGAAACUUCUCGUGACGCCCGCGCAGCUUCCAGUUCAUCUCUGGUGGCGAUUGACGCCGACAGCAGCACUACGGUUACGGACGCACCUUCAAAACCAACAGUUGUUGCCGAUGGUGAACAUCUUGAUCCUCCAGAAAUGAGAGUAUCGAAGUCCUCACGAUUUCUGCGUAGCGAACGACGACACGGUGUGCAGCAGGAGGAGUCCGAGUUCUUGGACACACCAAUUCGGAAUCAGGUUGACGAGGACGGACGCGCGCUAGUGCCCGCAGAUGAUGUUGACCUUAACCACCUGACAGAGGAACAAACUUCUGGUCGCACUCGUUCAGCUUCAUCAGGGUCAGACUCAGACUCAGAUCCACCUCGACCCGCAGCUGCAGAAGGACCAGACCAGGAGCAGGCUCCUCGGGGGGUAGUACUAGAGGCCGAUCAAGAUACAAAAAACCGACGAAAAAUAGAUGAACAAGAACAUUACAACAGCCAACGUCAGGAUCUCGUCGUGCCACCUGCUCGGUCACGAAGGUCCUCCCUGUCCUCACUUGUUGUAACAAAGUCAAAGAGUGGAACCGCAAGUAGAACCACAGGAACGAACGUGUGCGUUCCGAAAACGGACUAUCCCGACAGCUUUAACGGGUGUAUUGUGAACUACCAAGACGCGGGCACCUGCGCUGCUGCGAAUUACAACAAUAUGCCUGCCGGUACCUGCCAUUACAUCGAUGAGGAUGACCGAUGGAGGUUGCUCUGGUACCGGUGCUACUCCUAUGCCCUCCUUGCCAACCCAGACCCAACAAAAAAGUUUAAAAACAGUGAGUACAAUCUGUGUCGCACAAGUUGCAUCGAUUUCUUUACCGCCUGCUUCAAGAACACCACUAGCGGCGCCAGUCCCCCACCCGACCUGGAUACGGUGAACUUCUUUAGUACAGAUGAAACGGAGCCGUCCCCUAUCCUGUGUAAAAACUUCCGCGCCUCAUGGUCAUUUUGCUAGACACGUCAAGAACAUCAUGUUUCGGCUGCAGCGCAAAACAAGUUUGUGGUCGCAGGGCGGUUGUCACUGUGAUGUUCAGAUGUUCCUGGUGCUGGUGUAGACGCAUUACGAGUCGAUCACUUUGGUCCGAUGCUAGCGCGACGAGCUUCCAGAUAGCGUUUAGAAACUGCGCCACACAACGAGGCUGCGCAUGAGAAGUGCUUUAGCUUUACGCCAGCACGCGAUGUUUUUUUGCGGUGUUGACCCUAGGUAGACCGCCUGUGUCUGCAAAUUGCUUCCGGCGGCGGUGCAAGGUUCUGGAUGAAGAGUUGCACUCGGGUACUUAAUAUCAUGUCUGUCAAAUCUAGGGUGGGGUUUGGGACCACGUGGGGAAGACGUUUUUACACAGGAUAUCCCCCAUGCUGAACAGCACGAGCAAUACUAAGGCAGUCUGCCAGAAAACCGCCGGGUCGGACUGCGAGACCAAGUUGGCUACUUGGGUGACCAACUGCGGCCCGACCAGCACGUACGCGAGCUACUUCGCACCCACUACGGUGCAAAAGCCCGGCGAGUACGAAACCCUUUGCCAAGGCACGACGACCACUACCACGACCACCACUAAGGUUCCUGGGAUGAUGAAGUGUCUGCCCUACAAGUACCCUUCCUCCGCGUUCGGCACCUGCGGAGUGAACGGCCCGCCCCUGACAAUGAGCGCGACCGCGGCCAGCUGCGCGGCCAUAGUCACGAGUAGCUCGAGCUCGACUUCUGCGGGAAGUUGCUUUUUCCUGAACGAAGACGACAGGUGGAAGUUGCUUUGGUAUCGGUGCUAUGCAUCGCAAAAGCCGACUUCGUACUAGUAUGAAAAUACGGGCUCGGGCGUUUUUGCAAGUUGUUAUGCCGAGAUGAACUCAAAAAAUGUAUGUAACUCAUCAUCUUGCUAACAGAUAAAGUAGAACAAGAAACAGGCAGCUGUCAUGCGUGAAGAUUGAUAAAAAACAAUUUGGCUAGUUCUUCGAUGACUUCUACGGUCAUAGGAAAGUACUUUUGCAAUGCAUAGCAGCUACACGUUCUCCCUGAGAAACAACCACGGGACCCAGAUGUUUUGUGCAGGAGAAAUAGAGGGCUGCACGCGGCAUUGCCAAAACUUUUUCACAGACUGCUACAAAGACGAAGCCGGUGCGGAGUUUGAUCCAGUGAACUUUUUCAGUACGGACGAAACAAAGUUGCUGCCCAUGCUGAACUAUGAAUUGGAUAAAAGGCAUCUUGGUGUUGGGGUACUUGAUCUGGAAAAAAGUUCUAUAGCAGAGCUUGAUGAUGUGGUGGCGCAGCUCACCUCUUGCUCUUGGUCAUUUAUAUAUGAUUUGCAUUCUGCAAGUGCAGCCAGUUGUUGAUCUAUACUGUGAUUCCAUUCUUUAUUGAGAAUAGCGGUUUCAUCAUAAUAUAAUAAUGCGACAACUGACGACAGAUGGUGAUGGCUACGGUGCGAAUUUAGUAGUGAAGCCCAAAGAUUAAAAUUCGAGAUCACGACCAGCUGCAAAAACAGCUGGCGCUACCAUUCACAUUAGGGUCGUCCCGCAACAUUGUAGAAGAUGCCCUACUUCUUGCACUUCAUACCAGUAGCACAACCAAUGCCACCUGCGCGAAUACUCCUUCGUCGAUGUGUGAGAGCAGGCGGUCAACAUGGUUCAACGCCUGCAGCAGCAGCUCCACUGGGACACUGGCUUCCAUGCUGGCAGCGAGUGCGAAAGCAAGUGUGGAUCUGUACACAACCUCACUAUGCCCGGAAGUGACCACCACAUCCACCACGACGACUACAACUACGAGCACCACCACCACGACAUCGACGACAACCUCCACGACGUCGAUUACAACCACAACUUCGACGACCACGACGACCACGACAUCCACGACGACCACAACAUCUUCAACGACGACCACAACGUCCACGACUUCAACAACGACAACGACAACGACGACCACAACGUCCACGACUUCAACAGCGCCAGCGCCGGACCCGACCACCGAGCAGGUUCAAGUCCCGCUGGACCGGUUUCUGUGGACGGCGUCGCAGGGCUCGGGUGAUCUGGACCAGUGGAGCAAAGCGGACGCACCUUUCAAGUACGGCGAACAGCGGGAGCAGUGCCCCGCAGACGCUCUUAUGUCUAUGUACCCCAAAAAGUACGGGUACGUUCUCUCCACCACCAAAGCGACUGACGAAACAAAUUGCUGCAGCGCUAUGUUGGAAGCGUCAGCUUGGAAAACUGCAAAGUGAAACGCAAGCGCUACUUUGUGAUGCAUAAAAUGCGAGGCACCUAGAGCUUGUCUUGCAGAGAAAGCAAGUGCCGCCGAUUGUAAGCCUGUCUAGGGUGAUUGUGAUACCUAGUGAGAUAGAGCUGGAGAUGCGAAGGAGCAUGACGUGUUGAGCGGUCUUCUUUGCCCGAAGCAAACAGUUAGCACGACAGAUCGGAUGCUGUACUGUAGUCGCUUUCGAAGUUUGUCGUGCGCCACUUAGGAAAAGGGAUGCAGAUGUUGGGGGUCAUCAAUUCGGCCUCUUCAAUUUUAAGAUCCAUGGCAAACUACUUAAACUUAUGCUUUUUUUUAUUUUGCAAAUUUCCAACCUGACACUUCCAUAAGCGCGCAGAAUAGCGCGGAUAUGGAUGGGAGCUAUUGGUGGGCGGCAGGUUUGAAAAAUGGCGCGCAGAGGUACAUUUCGCACAUCCGGCUCUACAACCGCAAGCACUACGAGGCGGAUUUGAAUCACGCAACUUUGAUCAUUGACGGUGACGCGGCUGCGGGGACGGACAUUGGCGUGAUCUCUUCCGCCGAAGCCGACCUGGCUGUUGGCCUGUUCGAGACCGGCGGCACUGUGCUAACCAUUGGCAAAAAGUUGAACAAGGUCCGGAUUACGAAAGCUGGGACGCCGUUCAGCAUCUGUGGUGUGUUUUUUUUUGGCUACAUGGACGAAUUUCCGGACGCGAGUUUGGUCGCGACGCAAUCCUCACAGUAUCUCCAGUAUUCAAACAACCUGCAUCACGCGCAAGUGGCGAUUACGAACCAACUUGGAAAGUUCCCCGUGGAAACAUCGCACACCUAUGCCAACGGUGUCGAGUUUUGGCAGCUGGAGUUCGCGGACGGGCAAUCGCACUGGGUCGAGCAGGUCCGGCUGGUCAACCGUGGCGAUUGCUGCCAAGAUCGCGUCAACAAGCUGUAUGUGUACUUCGACACCGCCGCAGACCAAGAUCCGUAUCAGAGUGCACAACGACUUGUAGUCCCCCUCCCCUCGCUUAAAGGACGUGUUGACUGAGCCACAAGCAAGGAAUGGCGCCGGCAGAGAUGUAUCAUGGUGCAGCACAUCAGUGCUGCCCGGCCCCUGCUUGACAAGCGCAAAGUCGCGCACGGGUCGCACUUCCGUCUGGGGUCGUUCGAAUAAAUUGGUCAUGAUGUAGUGGCAUCAACAAGCCGCGAGCCAAGCAGCACAACACUCGGUUUGGGGAUUCGGCACAGUGCUGCAUGACAAGUGUUGACGCCGAGGAGGUGAAGACCAAGACGUCGUUUACUCUACUCAUAAGACACCAACCGCCGGAACCCAGGCAUUUGUGUUGAAUGACGGAACGCGCACGGUUGACGGGGCAACCGAGAUUAGCAGUACAAAAUUGCUGGGGACGAUGGUGCGAAUAGAAAGGACUUUUCGCAAAAUGAAACUCGCCACCACGUCCGGGCCUGAUUACAUCAAUCUACAAGGAGUCAACGUCUACUUUCGGGUGAGCCUGAGCGUUCUGGCGCCGACAACCUCCACGAGCACAACGACAACCACAAUAUCCACGACAACCUCCACGACGACCACGAGUUCUACCACAACCACGACGAGCACAAGCACCACGACUAGCACCACAAGCACCACGACUAGUACAACGAGCACCACGACUCGCACCACAAGCACCACGACUAGUACAACGAGCACCACGACUAGUACAAGUAGCACCAGCACAACUACUAGUAGCACAAGCACAACAACUAGUAGCACCAGCACAACGACUAGUAGUACCAGUACGAGCACCACGACUAGUACUACAAGCAGCACGACUACCUCAAGCAG